CGUCCGGGAACGUAACCGUCGUGAAGCCAAAACUACAUUGUCGUUCAGACGUAUUCUCACGUUUAUACCGUUAUAAACUACCUUUUAGAAUACAACUGGAGAAAAUAUAGAGAGGAAAAAUAACACGGAACAAUGUUAAAAAAUAGCGAGCGAGUGUUACGACUUCCGUGCGUACUUUACGUUACGACUUCCGGGCCCACUUUACGUUAGCUAACGUAACGUAAUGUUAGAGGCUUCGCUUCAGCUACUAAACCGUUGAGGGGCAAAAACUUUUGAAGAGGUCAUUUUUUUCCGGAAGUCUCCUCCAAAAUGGACGUCAGCAUCGCCGUGACGCUGAUCCGGGGCCAGAUGGGCGCCGUGGUGGAGCGGGCCGUGAACGGCGCCGUGGAGACCGUGCUGGCCGAGAUGCUCAAAGUGGUCGGAGUCAAAUUCGAGGAGGUGAAGUCCCAAGUGGCGCUGAUGAAGAGGGACCUCACCACGCUGCAGAGGGAGAAGGUCCAACGGGAGAAGGAGAACGACAACAUCCGAGCCAAGCUGCGCUACACCGAGCUGAAGCUGAAGUACUACAGGCAAGGGGUGGAGGAGGAGCUGCAGCAGAGGGCCUCCGCCUCCGGCCUGGUCCGCAUCCACCCGUCCUCCUUCCUGCAAGCACAGAGGGACGGUGCAGGCGUUUCCUCCACCGAGGCCUCGACAUCAUGCUCCACACAGACCAGGACUUCAAGCAACCCAGAAUGCACCUCUACGCACAGCACGGGCAGGCCUUCAAUCAGAGCGCGUGGUAGUUCAGACGUGGGCGUGGCCAGCUUCGACACGGCCGACUUUCUGCUGACGGUCUCGGGCUCCAUGAACACGUCAACAGAAUCUCUGGACAGCAGUGCAGUUUCGUUCUGCCCCGCAGAGCGAGACCCGGCUCAGAGCAAAGACCAGCAGGACGGCUGCGAGUGGAGCGUCACUCUGCCGCCGCACGCGGGAGGCGUGGCCUCGACCCUCCCCCCGGACCCGGGGCGGCAGUCGGCCGGCGGCGGCUCGCUGUCCCCGGACGUCUCCACCCAGGCCGACAGCUCCACUCUGCUCUCCUCUGCUCCACAGGUGAAGCAGGAGCCCCAGGAGGAGGAGGUGAUCUGUAUCAAGGAGGAGCCGGAGGAGGUGCAGGCGGUGAUGUCCACCCUUCUGCUGGACUGCCAGAUGCAGCAGGGUUAUCUCCCCGAGUCGGAGGCUCAGCGGGCGGUGACGGAGUGUUUAGGACUUCCAGCAGUCCAGAGGAAUCACACCGCCGGCUUCAGCUACCUGAUGCCUCAGCCCGCGUCCUCCCUGCAGUCCGCGGUGCCGCUGCCCUCCGGCCUGCCGCCCCGCGCGGCGCUGCGUCCCUGGACCAAAGACCUCAGUCUGUACGAGGAGUUCAAGCUGCGCAGGAACGAGCUGCGGAGGCGGAGCAUCAACCGGCGCCGGGAGCUGGAGAAGGCGCUGCCGCAGCCGCUGCUGGCGGACCUGGUGCGCGAGCGUCGAGAGAAGACCAGGCUGAGGGUGGCGAGAUGGAGGGCCAAGAGGAAGCUGCAGGACGGUUCCAACCAGGAUCAUGCUCUAGGUGGCGCUGCAGGUCUUUCUCAAUCCGGCUUUCCCAUCAGCAGCCAGCAGCAGCAGCAGCAGCAGCAGCAGCUCAGAGUGACCUGUGCCUCCAGCAGCCAGCAGAGACACAGCUCAGCGCCGCCGCCCAACAGCUUCCUCAGCAACCAAUCAGCAGCCUCGCCCUUCAUCCCCUCCUCCUCCUCUCUGCUUAUGAGAAGCCACAACAUGGCGCCGCAUCAGCACACUGUGACAUCCUCCUCCUCCUCCUCCUCUUCCUCCUCCUUCGUGCAGGUCAGCCUGCUGCAGCAGAGCGUCUCUCUGACAGACGGCGAUAACUUGCAGUGAGACAUUUUUAAUAAUGUGACGUUUCAUUCGUAACGUUGACAAUCAAAUCCUAAAUCAAUAUUUGGAUGCUGUGCAUCUUUUUCUUUUCCGCAUGUCUUAGUUCUAUUUAUCUCGGCUAUUUCCUUCAGUUGCUAAUAAAAAUUACACUGCACUAUUAAUAUUAUUAUACUAUUUUGGACAUUUUGGAAAUUUGAUUAACUUCAAUUGAAUAAUUUAUUCAAGUAUUUUUUUAUUUUUGUGGUGGUGAUGAAGCUUCCAUUGAAGCUUCAAAUGUGUAAAAUGAUCAAAGUUUACCUCCUUACUGGUUUGAUCCCAGCACAGUAACAGAACCUGCAUGCUAAAUCUUCACUUC